GGAAGGCUCACCCCCGGCGAGUAGGCUAAAUGGCGUUGCGGCCUGUGUCCCAGAAGCUGUGGAGGGUCCUGGGGACUGGCGUCCGGAGCUGCAGCUCAGGGGCUCCGGUGACGCAGCCUCGUCCAGGGGAGUCCUCCCAGCCUGCAGUGGAGGAUCUAUCCAGGCGGAAGCAGUCCCUGAGAGAGCAGUCUGCCCCCUUCUCCACCUUCCUCACCGACAGCUUCGGCCGCCAGCACAGCUACCUGCGAAUCUCGCUCACCGAGAAGUGCAACCUCAGAUGUCAAUACUGCAUGCCUGAGGAGGGGGUCCCACUGACCCCCAAAGCCGACCUGCUAACCACCGAGGAGGUCCUGGCUCUCGCCCGGCUCUUCGUGAAAGAAGGCGUGGACAAGAUCCGGCUAACGGGCGGGGAGCCACUCAUCCGGCCAGACGUCGUGGACAUUGUGGCCCAGCUCCACCGGCUGGAAGGGCUGAGGACCAUCGGCGUCACCACCAACGGCAUCAACCUCGCCCGGCUGCUGCCUCCGCUUCAGAAAGCGGGCCUCAACGCCAUCAACAUCAGCCUGGACACCCUGGUGCCAGCCAAAUUUGAGUUCAUCGUCCGCAGGCGAGGCUUCCACAAGGUCAUGGAGGGCAUCCACAAGGCCAUCGAGCUGGGUUACAGCCCUGUGAAGGUGAACUGUGUGGUGAUGCGGGGCCUCAACGAGGACGAGCUCCUGGACUUUGUGGCCUUGACGGAGGGGCUCCCCCUGGACAUUCGCUUCAUAGAGUACAUGCCCUUUGAUGGCAACAGGUGGAACUUCAAGAAGAUGGUCAGCUACAAGGAGAUGCUGGACACGGUCCAGCAGCGGUGGCCAGAGCUGGAGAAGCUUCCAGAGGAGGAGUCCAGCACAGCCAAGGCCUUUAAGAUCCCGGGCUUCCAAGGCCAGAUCAGCUUCAUCACAUCCAUGUCGGAGCACUUCUGUGGGACCUGCAACAGGCUGCGGAUCACAGCAGAUGGGAACCUCAAGGUCUGCCUUUUUGGGAGUUCCGAAGUAUCGCUCCGGGAUCUCCUGCGCACAGGGGCCACCGAGGAGGAGCUGCUGAGAAUCAUAGGGGCAGCCGUGGGCAGGAAGAAGCGGCAGCACGCAGGCAUGUUCAAUAUUUCCCAGAUGAAGAACCGGCCCAUGAUCCUCAUCGAGUCCCAGCGGAUGCACCUGGAUUCCCCACCAGCCAUUCCCAGCGUUUCUUCCUGGGACUUGCUCCGUGUGUACAACCCAAGACCCGGAGUGAGUUUCUCCAGCCAGACGACAACUUUAUGGAAAGGACACAGGGUCCCCCAAAUCCCUCUCCUAGCCCAGCAGUGGCUGCAAUCUGGCCCCCCUCAGAGACACUACAGCGCCCUCUUAGACUCGGACACCAAUCCCAAGUGCCUUAACCCUGGGGCCCGGGCUCCUGCCACCCCCCCGGAGCCCCAGCCACCCUCCGGCCAACUAACCCACGUGGACUCGGAAGGACGGGCAGCUAUGGUAGAUGUGGGCAGGAAGCCAGACACAGAGCGGGUGGCCGUGGCCUCAGCCGUGGUCCUCCUGGGGCCCGUGGCCUUCCGGCUCGUCCAGGAGAACCAGCUGAAGAAGGGAGAUGCCCUGGUGGUCGCCCAGCUGGCUGGAGUCCAGGCAGCCAAACUGACCAGCCAGCUGAUUCCCCUGUGUCACCACGUGUCACUGAGCCACGUCCAGGUGCAGCUGGAGCUGGACAGCACACGCCACGCUGUGGUGAUCCAGGCGUCUUGCCGGGCCCGCGGCCCUACCGGGGUAGAGAUGGAGGCCCUGACCUCGGCCUCGGUGGCCGCCCUUACCGUGUAUGACAUGUGCAAGGCUGUGAGCAGGGACAUCGUGCUGGGUGAGAUCCAGCUCAUUCGCAAGACCGGGGGCCAGCGGGGGGACUUCCAUCGGGCUUAGAACCCGGUGUGCAUACCCCACCCGCCAGCAGUCCAGCCGGGUAGGGUGCAGGUCCAGGGACUAGAUGUCGGGUCCCGUUGGCCCGGUCCCCAAGAGGGACCUUAGGUUAGCGCCCCACACUCUUCCACUGCAGGGAGGCCUAGAAUGCAGUGGCCUGGGAGGUGGUGUCCUUCUCCAGGCAGGAAAGCAGCCCGUCCCUCCAACCCCCAGGACCGCUGUGGCCUGGGCCGGACCUGCCAGGGCUCACCUGUAGGGCACUGGAAACCACGGUGUGGUCUCUGCCUGCUUCCCUCCCGGCAUUGCAGACCACGCCAUAGCUCCCUCUUCUCAUAGUGGUUCCUUUUCCAGUCUCCCCGGCGGGGAGGAAGGCGAGGCUGGUUGCCCAGUGGGGCUCCCUUUGAGAAAAGAGAGCCCCCCUGGCCUGGAUAGAGAAUGGUCAUAUCCAGACUUCUCUUCUGCAACUGGGCCUUCCCAUGGGUGACAGCACCUGAGGGGAGCAGAGCCACCCGGUCCCGCUGCCUCCCCACCCUGCUCCUCUGAGAUGGCUAAUGUGCCUGCCCACCUGUAGUCUGAUCCAUCCAGCAUCCGGGCUUCCAGCUUAACAGUUAGUUACAGUGCCCUGCCAGCUCCCACUCCUCUUAAAGGGUCCUGCACACGGGCCAAAGCCCCAAGGACGGCUGAGCACCCAUGUGCCCUGCACGCUGCCAGUCUGCCCAUCACAGGGGGAGGAGCAUGUAUUAGCUCGCCUUCGCCCUUGCAGUGUGGCGGCCAGUUUGGGAGAUGCAAGGCCCAGGAGAUUCUGUGUGGGGAGGGCACUGAGCUACUAGGACAUUGUGCCCAGUCAUCGGCCCCUCCUGGAGACUGACCCCCCUCUCGGGGAGGAGAGGAAGGCAGAGACCGUGGGAAGUCCUGUUCUCCCCCUGUGCUGGGGGAGACCGUGGACCUGGGGGAGGGAGGCACAGGUGGGUGCCAUCUAUCGUAAAGGUGCUGCCAGACAGCCAUGACCAAGACUUCUGUGACUUUCUGGAAGCAGAUCAUAAGAAUCUUCCACCGAGGCAGCUCUGGGAGGGUUAGAACCACCCACCUGUCUGUGAGCCAGCAGCCCAAACCUUCUGCCGCCAUCCAGGAGGGGUCCGGGGAUGAGCAGAGAGAGGCUCCUGGUGGUCACAUGACCCUCUGGGUCCUCCCCCCAAAGAUGGGUUUCUGUGGGCCUGUCUGCAGAGGCUCCUGGACUUUUCCCCCCGACUGCCAAGAGGCGCUGGUGACCAUUUGGCAGGUGGGGGUAUUAGGUGCCAUAGACUCUGUUCCCACCCACAGCCACCCUAGGCACCCAGAAAGAAUCGCUGCCCGGUCCUGCCCCAUCCUCACGGUUGUUCCUGUGCCCGAGCCCACGGUCGCAGCCACCGUGUCCAUCCACCUCAUUGAGGGCCAUCCUCUGUCUCGCUGCCCCUCGGCUUGACCAAGCGUGAUGUCCAGACACUCGUGGGGUGGGGUGGGCAGUCCUCCCCUGUCCUACAGGUCACGACAGGCUGAAAUCGACGCGACGGCAGAGACUUGAGAGACUUAGCAGGCGGUCUCCACAAACAGAGCGUCCAUCUCCAGAUCUAACGAGGCCCACCUCGGCUGGCUUUAAAUCACCAAUCUGGACGUCAGCUCACUUGCGAGAUUCUUUUAAUAGUGACCCUCAGCUCUCACGAAACUGGAACAAGUUGUCUCCAGCCCACCCCACCCUCUGGCCCCAAGACCCCUCCUGAAGAAAAAGGCACAAGUCCCAGGGCAGACUGGAUAGGGGUGGUAUGGGUUUAAUAUAUUUUAGUAUUACCAUAUAUUCUUAUUUUUUAAAAAAAGGUGCAGAUAAAAAGGACACAGAUUUUGUA